AAAUGAAGCCGCCCAAGGACAACUUGGCACUGUUCUGUGACGAUUGAUUACACGCGUCCAGCCCUCAUUUGCUGAGAGCUGAGUGCGGAGUUGAGAAGCAGUCAGCCCGAUGAAAUAAGAUAAAAGCUCAACGAAGGGAGAGCGAAGAGCGCCAAAUCUGCCCCUCCCAGAUACUGAUUUGUUUAUGAUCGAAAUUCUGCGGACAUUGUUAAUCUUUUGGAGCUCUGAGGUCUUUUGUCAUACAAUUUCAUCAAGUUCUCUUUCAAGAAUUGUAAGGACAGAAGGGGGCUGCUGGUCCGGAUAGGGCUGGCUUCGUUUGUUCAAUCACGGCUCUAAAAGGAGAAACUCAUAUUAAGAUAAGACGGGGAAAAUCAUGUGCACAAGCGUUCCCUAAGUUUUUGAUUGCAUCCCCUUCAUUUCACGGUGGUCGAGGUGCCCUACCUUCAGCAGGUGGGCAUCCAGCAGAUCUUACCUUCCUUGCUGGUGGUGGGUACUGAUACAAGCAUCCGAGUGAUCUGACCUUCCUUGAUUUGGAGGGUGUUGGAACAGCAACUUGAAUACAAUAUUUAAUUUUAUUUUUCAAUUUGGAAGUUACUUUCUAUUUAAGCAUGGUUACAGCCAAGCCACUCGCCGAUACCAAUAUGCUGUUGAAAUGUGCAACUGAACAGUUGGGUUGUCCUCAUUUCUGUUCUCAAGGCAUCAAAAUUCCUGUUUAUUGCUUUGGCACCCAAUAUCUCAUCGACAAUAGCCUGUUUGGGGGGGUUUCACACAUAUCUGAUGAAGAGCAAAGUCUCUUGGAUUCUCUUCUCCUUGCACAGUGGGAAGAGAGAAUGUGGAAAGGUCAUUUUGAAUAUGACAUAACUGCCUCUGAGAUUAAGGUCAUUAGGGGCAGAAGAAAGUUUCUCGCUCAGUUAAAUAGUGAUGGGGGUAUCGAUUGUUUACAAGAUCCUGAUAAACAUAAAAUGUGCCAUCAGAAGGAUCUACCUGUUUUUGACCAGACGAAGCACUGUGAGGAAUUACUGUUUUGCAUUACAAAUAGUGAUAAGGCAGACUCAGAGCUUAUUCCUUCAGCUGCUGUGCCUAAUGGUGCAAUCUUGAUUGUUAUCAAUGUAAACCCAAUUGAAUAUGGCCAUGUCUUCCUGGUACCUCAUGGCUUUGACAGACUUUACCAAGUUGUGGAUGCAAGAUAUUUAGAAAUGGUUGUAAGGGUUGCUGUUGAGAUAAAUAAUUUUUCUUUCCGUGUAUUCUACAAUUGGCCCCGACAUUCACAUCUAUAUUUCCAGGCGUGCUACUUUCCAGAUCUUUUACCAGUGGAGCACAUGCCUGUUGAUAUCUUAUUUGAUGCUGGUCAGAAAGGAAUUCAAAUCUCUACUGUCAUAGAUUACCCUAUCAAAACCCUCCUCUUUGAGAGUAACUGCAAUAUUAGGAUGAUGGUGGAGAUUGUUUCUGAGACGACUCGUUAUUUGCUGGAUAAGGAAAUCCCUUAUAACCUGAUGAUAUCAGAUUGUGGCAAAAAGGUUUUCUUGUUUCUUCAGGCCCAAACGUUGUCAUCCUCCUGCAAUCUUUCAGCUUGGGAGUGUGGAGGCUAUUUCUUAUUCAAGUCCAGGCAGGAAUUUGAGGAAGUUACAGAGGCAGCUCUUCUUAAACGUCUAAGCACUGUAUCACUUGAUGACGAAGGCUUUGCAACUGUUAAACAGUUCUGUUGCACGAUGGCUAGUAAGAUUGUCUUUUGAACUUUGAUUUUCUGAUACUGGGUAACAAAUAUUACCAAUAUACCAAUCCAAGUUGCCUGAUAGCUUGGGAACUAAGACUAAAACGUUGUUGGUUGGUUCUUUCAAGUUGGAGAUGUUGUGGUUCUUUGGUACUGUUGUUUUGUUCGACUUGUGUGCUUGCUUUUCAUGAUUAUUAUGUGGCUGGAACCUGAAAUGUUGUGAAAUUAAUAAAUGUGAGUCUUCAGAUUGAA